AUGGGGGCCUCGUUCUCAAGCCUCGAGAAACAUGGUGGAUGCUAUAACUUUGGAUUGUCUUCCAGAACGAACCGGAAAGAUCCUGAUGAUUCUAGGCCCGAGGCACCCUCCGUGUGUACCACGGUUGCAACUUGUGAUACCUGCCAGUCCGCCACGGUCGUGCCCUAUUCGGACUCCUGUUGCUCCCGUCUUGUGGCACGUCCAUCCUGCCAGUGUCGUUCUGUACUCGGUCAGACGGAUCGUAACAACUCCAAUCAGUCAGGUAUGCAUCGUAUCAUCACGACGGAAACGCAAAUGGACACAUUUUCUCAAAUUGAACAAGGUAUGCAAACACAAAGUCAUCGUCAGACCAUUCAACAAUUACAAUUAGGUCUCCAAAGCCGUACUUCGACACCUCACAGUGCGGGUGAAAUGAACUCAAUGCGUCACCAGGCUUCCGUCCAGCAAACGUUGCAGAACCUUACUCCGUCUCAUCCGCAGUCACAAUCACAAGCACAAAAUAUUCCUCCAGAAUCCAAUGCAUCCGUGACACGUGAUCUUAUUAGCUUAGCCUCUCCAACACAUAUUUUCGUCACGGAACCCGAGUUGCGGCUUUUAAUGAAAUCUGGUCUUAUUCCCAGUUGUCGAAAUAUCGGUCAUCGAUUCUCUGUUCCUGUGGAGCAAGAAAAUUGUCAGAAAAUGGCCAUAUUGGUUCAGCGACUUCAAAAUUUGACUGGUGUUAAAGAAUCCACAGAUGUAUAUCUCGAACAGCUUCGCGAACUCAUUGAAUCGUGGUCCUAUGACGAGCUAUUUAGCGUUUAUUUGAGAUUCGAGGCAUUGAAUAAGCUUCACGGAGUUGCUGUAGACGCCGUCAAUGCCCGUCCCAAAGCACCAACCCUGGAGGAGGACUUACGCUCUUUGUGUUCCAAUUACUGGUGCUAUAAUCUGCAAUUGGCUUAUCAUGGAGUAAUGCAUGGGGCACAUUCGUACAUUUUGGCAUCUCGUUCUAAACUGUUCGCCGAAGUUUUGUGUACCCUGUAUAGUCUACACACAGGUCAUAGUCAGACAAGUGCAAUAGCACCAAACUUAACCAUUAUUAUUCCCGGACGUCAUGAUGCACGACCGGCUGUGAUCACAAGUAAUCCGCUCAGACACGUUUCUGCGCUUUCGCGUACUGGUAUCACCUCGCCCGAUUUAGUUCCAUCUGUUGUGGAUGAGACAUCUUGGCAUUCCAAGAAAUCACCGUACGACGAACCACACACUCCUCCGAAUCACUCAACACCAGUUGAUCCACUUUACUUCGAUGUACAACCCAAAUCUGAACAAGAACGGAAAUUCCGAGCGUUUUUACAAGAUAUUUAUUGCGGAGUUAAACGUUCAGAUCCGACCACGGAUCAGCAUACCAAGUGCUGUUCUCCCAGAAAAUCCAAACCGGAUCUUCUUUGCGGUUCCAUCACAACCACACACCCGAGCAGUCUUUUCGGUCUCUAUGAGGAGUUGUCUCGUUUUGAAUCCUCGCUUGUGAAUCUUUCUGGACCGCUGGCGCCCGAUUGUAAACUGAUUUUUGCUUCAAUCGCAGCGCCGCCUGCCAAUCCGAACAAUUUGCAUAUGUUGUGCCACGCCGGUGUCCUUGCUGCACGAUCUCAAUUUCUUCGCCGUUUGCUCAUCCGACGUUACCAGUUAGGUGCAUCUCCGAAUGAGAUGACAACAAUCGUGCUGGACGGAUCACUGGUUCAACCACAUUUUGCCCAAACAUUACUUCACUUUUUUUACACGGAUCAAUUACCGUUGAAUCACCUGGCUCGGACGAUGCCAGAAGAUCAACGUUCAGCUAACAGUAAAUCGGGUUUGUCUGAUCCCGCUGUCCGUUCUACCGGUGACUCGGUUCUAGAGGCACAUUUACUUUGGCACCGGACACAUCGACUCUGUCCGAGUGGAUCCUGUUGUCAGGGUAAUUUGGAUGAAGAUCGUGUGACAGAUCAGUGGCAUCAAGAGUUACAAAUGAACCAAUUACCUAUACUGCGGACAAACACUCCACGUCAACUUUGCACAAUCCGCUUUUGUCUGGCCUGCCCUUUCUGCUUGGCGCUGAUUCUUGAAUUACAUCCAGUGGGACAAUAUUUGGAGUUUCCUCGAUUGACCGAAGCUUGUGAAGAUGUAGUUGUUCGUGCGCUACGCCUUCCUCAUCAAGACAUUGCAGCUGUCGGUCACAAGGAACAGUCUGUUCGUUCUUGGGAUCAUCGACUCAGUCAUCCUCAUUGCAACUGUACCACGGGAUUUCGGGAAACACAGCAGUUAAUGACUCCGAUCAGCCUGGCGGUCGGACUCAUCCAGUGGGCUGAUGUGGCUUCGUCUGCUCGUCUGUNUCCAUCCAGUUCCGAUUCACUCAAUAUAUCCGCCGGACCUCCCACUUCUGAAUCCGUUAAUCCGGUAUCUACUGGACUGACAGACACGGUGCCUGAUCUGACCGAUAACACUGAUUCGAGAUCUGAUUCUCGAGGUACUCGGUUAAAUUGUGAUGGACUUACGUCAUUAACAACUCCCAUGUCGCAGGCUUAUUCAGAUGAUGGAUCAACAACACGCUAUUUGCAUCGACAAGCCAUGCAUUGUUUGCGACAACAUUUCAUGCUUUUGGCUCGCUCUCCAAAUGUACUUAGCAGACUUACUCCAAAACAAUUAAAUGAACUUUUGGAUUCGGAUUUCGUUCAAGCCCCCGAGUGCGAAAUAUUGGCAGCGCUUUUGUGCUGGGCGGAAUUACGUUUGGAACUAGAACAAGGUCACUUGGGUGACCGCAGGAGAUCAACCGAUUCUUCACCCAAUCCAGAAACUGGUCCAAUUAGCUAUAUGUCGUUGGUUGCCAGCUUGACUGAACAGCCAUGGGUUUCUUGUGAUCAUAACCAACGACACCAACCACGCUGUAAUCCAUGGCUACUGCUCAAUGCACAACCAAGCUCGACUUGGACAGAGACGACACAGGUGACGGUGGACUUGAUCUUGGGCACAACUGGUGAUUGCACCAAUAUAGGUAGUGGCGGCGGUGGAAGCAGCAGCAGCGGUACCGGUAGUGGUGUUGCCACCACCAUAAAUUCCAGUACUCUUUUGUGUUCGACGGAAAAGAACUCCUCGACAUCAUACAAAUCCCGUUCGGAUCGCUGUCGCCAGUCUAAAUGUGAUUUAUGUCAUCUGGCCGCAGCCGUACACGGUACCACACAGUACGUGGAUCAAUUGGCUGUGUGUAAUCUGGGUUUUGGUCCGGUCGAUUUAGACGAUUUGGUGCGCAAAUUGCAUCGAUACGGAUUACUUGAUCAUCUGCGACCCGCCUAUUUGUUGAACUCUAUUCCACUGGGAUUGGCUGCUCUUAUCCUCCAGUAUCAGUUGGGCACUGCAGCCGGAGCUUUUUCGAGUCCUUUGUGCAAACAACGCCUCGCUUCUAGUUUGUCAUUUGGUUUGAAUCAUGCAGGUACUCCCGGCUCAGAUACCCAAUCAUCGUGGUCAAUGGAUGGUGGAAAUGUGCCUUCGAAGAAGUCGACACGUUUUACUCGUUGGUUUCCACUACUGACAACAAGUAUGCGCCUUUUAAAGCCUAAUUCGAGUCAAGGAAAUCACGGUGUGCACAAGCAGGACUCCAGUUCCCCUUCGAUUCAUCCUCUUCUGGCUGUAAAAAUUGGCGGUGGUCCAUUGGCCGAUUGUCCUGCCUGUUCACCCGCCCAAAUUUGUGCCCAUACUGUCUGGAUACGAUCCGCCACAGGUCGUCGAGCAUCCUCCGGUCGUGCUCUACCUUGUGAUUGUCACUGGGCUCUUCAGAGCUUGGAUGUCGUGGUGCAACAUGAUGAUGAUGAUGACCAUAAGGCUAAUGAUGAGACCUAUGGGGCAUCAACAUCGGGCACCACUGCACUUUUGGAGGCCAUAUCACCGAGACUCUAUAUUCCUUUCAUGGAUGAGAUUCGCGCUGCUCUGAUUUCCAAAGCUCCGCUUCCGUUCAGUCGCUCCGAAUUAGAUGUGCUCCGAUUCACAAAUGAGGUGAACGAUCUCAGUCAGCCCCGAUGCACCUGUGUUCGUCUCCUCUCCAGUUUGUCAGGUCAUCGCACUGCGGCGCAUUUGGACGCUGACUCAUGGGCAGCAAGUUUGGGUGUGUUCCGUCGUAAUUCGGCUGUUCUGGAAGAUUCUUCCACGGACCCGGUCGCAGGUGACAGAGAAGACAACAGUCCAUCGGCAAUACCGAAGCGUGAAACAACCCUGACCUCGUCCACAUCAAAGUUGUUAGAUGACACGUUAAGUUGUUGCCAGAAUCAAUGCAAGGAGUUUGCCGAUUGUCUUUUGAAUCGCUGUCAGUGGUCCUCAUUGUUAACACGCUAUGCUGAUUUAGUGAACAAAUUCAUUAUUCCCGGAAUAAUCACAAAAGCUUCCGAAACAUUGGAAAAAUUCCUGUACCCACGUUUCAGUACUGCUCAUUCCACAUCUGUCACCAAUCAAAAACGGACCAGUGUGCGUCGUCACCCAUCUCCCGCCGGAGAUUCCCGGCACAUUUUCCAUCCCGCCGGGACUAAUUCGUUCGCUUUACAACACGACUCCUCAGCCGUUCAGUAUAAAACAGGUUCGGCUCGUACCAUGCCCAGUCGUUCCCGUGUACCCCGUACCGCUGUGACUUACCUGCACCCAAAU